CCAAUGAGAGCUUUUGCGUGUCUUAACAAACUCUUUUAGCCAUGGAAAACAAACCCUCGUAAAGAAAACGAAAGAAAAGAAAAGGAAGUUGCAAGAAUAUGAUCUAAACCUUAAAGAAGUUCAUGCUUCCUCGUACUAUGGAUUCGACAGUAGUUACACAUGGUGUCUGUUACCAACUUACAGUUAAUGGAUAUGGGUGAGGGGACAUGAGGAGCAACUUGGGUAUACAAUGUCUGAUAGAGAUUCAAAGAAGACAAGGUUGUCUGGAGGAAAGUCUGAUAUUCAUUUAGGCAAUACAAGGCACAAGACAGAGCAAGGUUUUCAUCGCGGAGAGGUAGAAACUGGUGUUUCUUCACAGGAGAAAGAUUUCAGUUCUUCACUGAUAGAAAUUACUGAUGUUCCCCCUCUUUCUUUUGAGUACCAUGGGUGGUCAGAGGAGGGGAUUAACCUUUGUGUCGAUUUGAAUUCAUCCCCAUCGUAUUGGGCUAACAGGUAUAGAAAUGAGGUAUGUUUGAGUGAGAAUGCGUGUGGGAGUCUUCGGCAGGAUCUUGGUUGCUUACGAGGGUGUUCUUCACAAGGAAAAGGUGAUGAAAUUUUUGAAGAUGGUGGACUCCCGGAUUUAGUUGAUCCUAAGAACGAUUUAGUUGAGGAACAGGGCAAUUCAAAGGAGAUUAAUUUGGAUACUCAUGGGAAGAAUCUCCCAUCAUUAGCUGAAGAACGGGAGGUGGGCAAAAAUGUUAAGGGGAGGGAGAAUUCAGAAUGCUACCAAUUUGAUGAAUCGCUUAAAAAGUUUGGUGAUCGGGAAUCUAAAAUGGAACAUCAGAAGAAGAAGAAACACAGACACUCAAAGGUUCAAAGUUGCACUGAUAAACCUGUUGGAAUGUUCUUAAGAAGCAUGAAGAAAUCUGUGACAGUUCGGCCUAGAAGAUCCACACGGCUAUUCUCCAAGGUGCUUCACCAAUUACUGCAUUAAUUACAAUAAUUAGUAACAAAGCCGAAAUUUUGUUGUACAUGAUUGUUCUUUUGAAACAUACACAACACCCGAAAUUUGAAACCAAUAUACAUGAAUUCUCUGUCCAAGAAUUUUGUAUGUUGCUGCUGCUGUUAGCUUUCUUUUGCUACAUACCUACA